GCUGGGAGCCGGGCGCUGUGCUGUCCCCGCAGGUACGAGCUGCCGGCUCCCUCCUCCGGCCAGAAGAACGACAUCACGGCCUGGCAGGAGUGCGUCAACAACUCGAUGGCCCAGCUGGAGCACCAGGCGGUCCGCAUCGAGAACCUGGAGCUGAUGUCUCAGCACGGCUGCAACGGCUGGAAGGUGUACAACGAACAUCUAGUUCAUAUGAUAGAACAAGCCCAGAAAGAACUGCAGAAACUGAGGAAAAACAUUCAAGAUCUCAACUGGCAGCGUAAAAACAUGCAACUUACAGCUGGGUCUAAGCUACGAGAGAUGGAGUCAAUGUGGGUGUCUCUGGUCAGUAAAAACUAUGAGAUUGAGAGAACUAUUGUGCAGCUUGAAAAUGAAAUCUCACAGAUUAAGCAGCAGCAUGGGGAAGCGAACAAGGAGAACAUCCAGCAAGACUUUUGAAGGUCUGGCACUGCCGCACAUCUACCGCUAUUCCUGGGGAAGCUGCAUGGCCUUGGGCUCCUAUACUUAGGGGUAUGUAGUGAAACAGGAAGACAAGUACUGUGCUCAGGUUGUUUUUUUUAAGUCUAGCAGGAGGUGGAACAAGUCCAGGGAAAGUUCUGCUCCAUGGACUGACGGUGCGAUUAAGUGUAAUUUAAAGUGUCUGAAUGUCACAUGUACAUUAGUUCUUGGACUGAACAUGUUUCAAUCAUUUGUAUGUUUUUAUUCUUGAAAUAAACGUUUUGUUUUCUUCCAA